AUGCACUUCGGACCUGAGCAAGACACGCCGACACUAGAGAUUGCGUACGAUGGACGUCGAUUUCUUUCCGUCGGCCAGUCAAGCGUCGUGUAUGUGAUUGACACGGAGAGGGUUCUCAAAACCUACCACGACACCGACAACAACGAGGACAUUGUUGAGCGUCGAGCGUAUGCCCGUCUCGGCAAAAACACCCGAACAUCGCACAAUUCCUAG